AUGCGGUUCCCAAAUGAGCUAGUUGACCUUAUCAUAUCCGAGGGGUUGGAUAGUUGUAAGACAUCGAUAUCGUGGUCUCAUAUUAACUGUCAUUAUAGAGACCUUGUGAGGAAGCAACUGGGAGUUGUGGUGGUAGAAGAUGGUUCUAAGAAGCGACAUGUUACUCAGCGAUUUCUAGAUUACGAGAUACUUAUGACCAAGGAUAAUACUUUCCAUAUUGCAACAAAUCAUCCGCAAUUUGAGCAGUUAAAAGGGUUUAUUACUGAGUUUUCGAGUCUCCUGGUGGUGAUUUACUCAGAUAGAAGCUACAAUGAUGUUUUGGCCAGUAUGCUGAACGAUAUCGCUCAAACGGCUCUUGAAGGGACCAACUUGUGCAUAAUUUACAGCAAUUCGUUGAACUUUCUCAGUAAGCUCUAUUUCCGAGAGUUGUCAUUGUAUCGAAAGAAGGUGAAACUGUGUGAGCUACAUGUUUUGGGGAAUGGUGAGGCCAACAAGGACGAAAUGUGUGAUCUUAAUACGCUAUUCGAACGAACAUAUCUCUACAAUCUGAAUAGCAUAUAUUCGCUUGAUAUUCAGAAUACAUCCCAUCAAUUCAUUGCUGAGGAUCUGGAUACCAUAAAGCAAUUGAAUUAUUUGGUAUAUGAUGAAGCGUCUUCAAGUUUUCUUUCGAGAUGUCCUAAACUUAGGGUCAUAGAAUCAAUGAAGUUUCCCGUAGGCGAUCCCGAUAUGUCUUUCAGGCUCCCUCGGUGUGACUCCAUAACAUUGACACAUUUUGUUUCGGGAUCUCACUACCCGCCGGUAGAUGGCCAGGAUAUUAGAAAAGAGCUGACUUUAGUUCCAUCUUUGCGAUCGGACGAUCCACAAUUUAGUAAUCUAUUCUUCCCGAGCCUUAGGAAGCUGACGCUUAGGCUGAACGAUACGAUGAGUCAUUCGGUCUCCUUUCGUGAUUGUAACUUCUCGACGCUGAAAUGCCUUGACUGUGGUUCCUCUAUAAUACCAUGGGCUGAUUUGUCAUCAGCCUCCCUCUGUCUGCGUGAACUUAUGAUCACUUUAGUGUCAGAAGAACAAUUACAUUGGCUCGAAUCCUGUCCUUUUCCACUCACUAAAUUAUCUAUUUAUACCCCAAAAGUUAGGUUCUCAGAUAUUCCAUCCUCCCGCUCGUUCGAGAUAAGUCCUUUUAAAUCGAGUGUAACUUCUUUGGAAUUGAAGAAUUUGUGGCAAUGUUACUUGCUUCAAAAACUUAUUAUUCCCAGUGCUGAGUCUACCAGCUCGCUAACUAUCGCUUUUGAUGAAGGUGCUUUGAUGAACUCAAUAGCCUCAAAUCCGAAUUUGGCUAAGAAAUGCGAUCUAAUUCAUGAUGAAGAGUACAUUAUUUUCAAAGUUCCAUUCAUGCAGCGGUUUCGCCUGAUUGAUAUGAGCCACUAUGAAGAUCGUAAUUUGAAGGCUGAACACAUGUCGAAUGUAUCAUCCAUCGAUGUCGGCAAUUCGGGAUCCUCCACUGCUUACGCUAAUGUGUUUUUUGAUAUCAAUGCUUCAAGUGACAUGAACUAUGCCGUCUCACCUUCAGAAUUUCGGCUGAACAGUUUAGCAGGUGCGAAUAGUGAUAUGGCUAGAAGGCAAAGCGCUAUCGUGUUUUCCAAUGGUACCCGAGAAAGAAGAGCCUCCUCGAUUACGUCUACUUUCUCUCCGCCAGUGAUUGCGCCUUCCGAGGAUCCCUUUGAGGGAGAUACAGUAAUCUUUGAAUUUACUGAAAACUGCCCCUCAGUAUUCACAACAAACUUACGAGCCUUAGAGUCAUCUCUUUUCUCCUGGCAGGAAGUUAAUAGUAGCCGUAUUCCGCUAUUGCAAAUCCUGAUUCAAGAUAUUGUUGCAGAGGAACUUGAAAACUUCGAAUCUUUGAUACCCAAGCUAUCAUCGCAAAUUAUCGAGGCACUCACUUUUCCUUACGAUGUUAGAAUGCCCAUGAUGAUAAUAGAAAAGUUUCAGAUUGUGAUUGAUUUUUCAGGCAUUGAUUUUAUGAUGACCGAAGAGCGUAGGUCUGUAUUCUCCAUCGAUCUGCACACGUACUUGGCUUAUAAAGGUCAUAAGGUGCGCAUGCUGACGGAUGAAGACAAUACCGAUUUCAAGGUAUCUGUACUGCUAUUGUUUGAGACGAAAUACUAG